UAAUAUCUAGUUUUUAUUGAUAAUUUUGAUUAUUGAUGUUCAACUGUUAUUAUUUUGGCGUUUAUGUAAUAUUUCUAAUCGUGAUUACACACGUUUACAGAAAUUGACUAAUAAUAUAUUUAGUAAGUAUUCCGAGUAGUAGGUGCCUAAUACUUCGAAUAUGCUGAUGUAUCAGUUUGAAGCUGUACACUUCAAAUUUUAGAAUGUAUUUUUAAUAUUGCUUAAAAAUGAUGGAUCCCAAUAAUUUGCCACACCAUGUGUAUUUGCACAAAGACCAUAAGUACAAAUUGAAACUUGGUUUUCAUGCAGCUCCUAGCAAUCCAAAAGUGUUUUCAAAAGCUAUUAGAGAUGAACUUAAUAAUUUAAAGUUUACAUACUGUUCUGAUUUAAAUGGACUGAUUAUGGGAUUUGGUAAAAUAAGUUCGAAUGAACUUAUUCCAGCUGAUAUCCGACAUUGUAUCACUGUAGUUGUCAACGUUGAUGUAUUUAUAUUCAGACCUCCAGUUGGAUCUAUAAUUGAAGCUGUAGUUAACCAAACAAGUGAUAAUCAUGUCAGUUGUUUAGUGCAUAAUUUGUUCAACGUUUCUAUAGUACGACCUGAAAAUGAACCGUAUCACCAGUGGUCAGGAUCUAAAAUUAAAAAGGACAACAAAAUUGAUGUUAAAGUUAUAUCUUUUGAUCUCACAAAAAAAACUUCCUCAUAUUACAGGAGUAAUAAUUAAAAAAAAGGAUGACUGUUAUAACCCUACGGACAUAGAAGAUAGUUCUUCUUCAAAAUAUUCACCCUCAAAAACUGUUGUAAGUGAUUUAACUAAAUCUUUUAAUAAGAAUACAUCAAGUCCUUCAAAAUCUUCAUCAAGUGAUUCUGAAUCAUCAACUG